GUAGAGUAGAAUCAAUGAAAUGUUCUUUCAAUUGAGAUAUGCAACUAUUUUAUUUGCUCCAGCAAAAAUUGAAAACACGCCCGAUUUUCUGUCAAAUAUCCGACACUUUCUGCCAUAUUAUAAAAGUCUCGUUGUAAAUUCUGGCAGAAACCCGGUUUUUAAGCACUUUUUGCCAUUUUUCUGGCAGAAAAUCGAAUAAAAACACUUUUUUUUUUCAACAAAAUCUCGCAGAAAGUUGACAAAAUUAGCAUUACUUGUUCGGUUACUAGCAGCAGGUAAAAGGAGGUACUUUCUGCCAAAAUUUCUCGACUUUCUGGCAAAUUUUUUGCCCCUCCCACAUUUCACAACAAUCGACAACCCUGACAUAGACACCUAUUUAUUAUUCUAAAGAUUGAGUUGUGUGUUGCAUUUAAUAAGAAGCCAAAAAGGAAACGCUUCUUUGCAUGUAAUUAUUUUUUCUUUUUGCUUUAUAUAAGAAAUAAACCGAAGUGAAAAGGGCUGGCAACGAAUUAUCUGUGCGGUGGAUUUCUGAUUGAUUUUCAAAGAAUAUCGUCACAGUACGCUAAUGUUCAAACUCGUUUGACAUCGUUAAGUUUAAUCACAAUGUUUGCAUUGAGAAAUAAAAUAGUUGCAUAUCUCAAUUGAAAGAACAUUUCAUUGAUUCUACUCUACUAUUGAAAACUAUUUGUGAAUAUCUAUUCUCGAUUUCAGCUUUAAAUCGAAAAAAACCAUAGACUGAUUUGGUUCCUUACUAUUCAAAUAUACUACCAUAUGAUUUCAAUUAUCAUCUAUGGGUCUCCUACAGUAAGUUACACGGGAUUGAAAACCCAGUGAUUCGAGGUGAUACGAGGCUUGCGACUUUUCUUUGCGUGUUGCACACAAAAGUAAAAAAAUCUGAGUAUUGUGAGCGGGAGUUCAAGAAAAGGGGGGAGGCGCGGGUGAGUGACAUUUUCAAUUCACUGUCGCAGGCGCAGAAAUUUUAUUUAUACGAAAUUCAUGAUUUUGUAUUAGAUGUAAAAAAAUAAAAAUUUUUUAAUUCAAUUUUUUUCGUUAGAAAAUUUAUUUGAUGAAAUCUGAAUGCCUCAUAUCUGCAUACAAGAAGCCUUUGUAUAGCAUACAUCUCCUCAUUCUGAAGAAACCUACAACAUGUAUACUUAUCUACUGAUUCUUUUUCUCCUGUCUGCAAUAUAUAAUACGAUGCAUCAGUGAAGUGAAAUACAAACGCUCAUUUUCUUGUCGAACACAAUCGCACACUACAAUCAAGAUCAAGUCGAUAAACCUUGCAAAACAGAGGGUAAUCAACCUUAUCCAGUAUUGUUAAUUAUACUUGCAGAUCCACACAAUAUUCCGUUUUAUCCUCCGUUAUCGGUACCAUCUGUCGGUAAAGUUUCUCAUCAAGUGCGUAAUUCACCUUUGCAAUGUUUGUCGCUAUUCUUAAGAGUCAUUCAAUCUAGUAUCAUCAUUCAUUGACAGAAGAUAUGCGAUCUCGUUUUGUUAUCCAUGUAACCACCAGAUCACCAAAAAAUAAUAUCCAUCCCACGAACAAUCAGUCUGCCAAUCCUCAAGACAUUUUGUUCCCGGUCAUAUUCUUAAAAUCUUUGAUUAUUUAUAUUUUCUCUUUAUGUAAAUAGAAAUCAACUAUUUUGGCUGCGCGUUAUCAUCAGGAUAAACCCCAGGCUGCCGUGAUGGGGGCUGGGGGAGGGGGGGGGGACAGGAGGAAAGAGGGCAGAAGGAAUAUAUGAAAGGUGACCCCCCGCCCCACCGGGAUGUCUUUGCAACAGCCCAGGAUAAAUCUGCCAAACAAAUUGUCAAACAAAAUUUUGGUCAAUCAGUAAACAAUCAAACAUCUGCCGACAAUGCCACCAAAAUUGAUCAAUAUUCCCAGUCAUCAAUACAGGUGAGAUAGGAAAAUGAGGAGCAUACUCAUUAUUAGAUUCUAUACACCUAAAUAUUUAUUAUUGAAGAUCUGGAAAUUGUUUAGUUUUCGUUCUAUGAACAAGUUCUUAUUUGAAGUACAUACAUCUUCAUCGAAUUUUAGAAACGGUCAAAAGUUCUAGUUUCAUACAAAAUUUGAUAGAGAGUGUGUUGAACAAUUUUUUACCCUAAUAAGUAUAUUUGUGUGCAGCCAGUAUGUUUGAUCACAUACUCUAUUAGCUAAACCCUUAAUGGAGUAGUUUUCCAGACUGAGAGAAUGAUCAUUGUAAUAAAAGACUAAUGUUUUUCCACAAGUAAACGAUUUUUAUGUAUGCUUUCUACACUUUUUUCCCUUUCAUCAAUGGGCAACGUAAUUUGAACCCAUACAACAGCUAAUUUUAAGAAAUACAAUUUAUAUCUAAAAAAUUUAGUGAAAAAAGGAUAGAAUGACAAUAGAACUAGAGAACUUUAGCAUUCUGUUGCGCAAAAACUGCAUUUUGACGUGUUUUCAAGAAAAAUGUUUGCCUUUGAGCAUGGUUUGCAUAAAACAAACUGGGAAUGUAUUCGUUUACAUAGCAUCUAUGUC